AUGGAUACUACUGGUAGUAUGGGGCCAUAUAUUGACAUGGCCAAAGAAAUAGCUAUUGGUAUUGUUAAUGCUCAUCAAUCAUUGGAAUAUAAACUGAGCAGUUAUAUUUUAUCACCUUUUAACGAUCCAACAAAUGGAUUACUUAUGAUCAGUCUUCAUCCUUUAAAUUUCACAAAUAAAAUAAAUAAACUGAUACCUUACGAUGGUGGCGAUACACCGAAACUAUAUUACCAUAGGAUUCUUGGUGCACUCAAAGCUGUGAAGUAG